UAGCCCUGGAACCAGGAUCCGGUACUCACUAAAGUCAGGGUGACUCAUUAGAUUGGUCCCGAUGUCGCCAUGAACAGCCUGCCAAGAAGCUUAAGGGUCGGCGGAUUCGGACACAACUGCCGUUAGCGAUUGAGAUACAGCUAAAGAUGAAGUCAGCCCAAUAUAUCCCCCAACUUGUCGCAAGCCUCUCUCCUACUCCCGCGAUGGAGAUCCGUCUAACCAGUAAACAAACAGUCUUCACAACCGGCGAAAGACUCCAGGGCGAACUGGUCAUCCACCAAAGGAAUGUUCCCCAAAGCGCUAACAUUUCCAUAACAUUAAUUGGAAGAACAUCAACAACCGUAGCAAAGACCACGCCCUUCCCCAACAGCGGUAGUAUAGUCGACUACAACUUUCUCCAAAUGCACCACAUUGGAAUUCAGGAAUCAUCGCAUCAUCCUCGCAUCUUCCCUUUCUCAUUUGUCAUCCCUGAUGCUCUCCCAUCCGACCCAUGUUCUGAGCAUAUUCCGUCUAGAACAGCUGCUCAUCAUGGAAAGGAUCAUCUCCAGUUACCCCCGAGCAUUGACUAUAACUCGGAUAAGUACUGUCCUGAGAUGUGCAGCAUUAUCUACUACGUCCAUGCCGAGGUGGAUAUCAGUAAUCAGCGACUUCGUGCCACACGGCAGAUCCAGCUCCUCCCUUUAUACCCUGAAAAGCCACCUCGUCUGUGGCCAGAGGGAGAAGGUAGUGGGAUUCAGAUGUCCGAUUCGACAGGGCUGCGGAUGAGUCUACUGGGAGCGAAAAUGGGGCACGUAACGGUGCGUGCGCAAGAGGCAAAGCCGCUCUACCUACCUCCGGACCAACGUCAUGGAUCAACUAUGACUCCUAUCCGCUUGAAUCUCGGCCUCGAAUGCCUACUUCCGGAGUCCACCUUUCCAGACAAUUGUCAGGUCAAAGUCACUUUGGAGGCUGUGACGUAUUUUACUUUGUCGCCAAUGGUCGAACUACCGGAUUGGCAGAGCGCAGUGAAUGGACAAGGACAGUUUUUCCGGGCGAGUAUUUGUUCAUGGAAGAAUAACUCCGUUGGUCUGCAGUGGAUUGAGAAAGCGGACGAUUCUCACACUGCUAGCAUUGUCGUGCCGAUACCAGUAUCUGGCAAUGUGGCUCUCGUCCCGACCUUCCGCCAUUGUUAUGUAGCCAGGGAAUAUUUCGCGAGAGUUGAGGUGACAGUGGGUUGGUCGAGGGCGUUGCGAGUGAGGAUGCCCGUUCAGAUCUAUAAUUUACUCGAGCGCUAAUUGAUCUUGAUCAUAUUUUAAUUCCACCAAAGUCUAUGCUUAUAAUAAUAUAUCCAUACAUAUCUCAAGCUCUUAAUCUAUA